AUGCCAAUGGCCACCGAGUCCUUCUACGGCCGCGACGCCGAGCUCAGGGAGAUGAAGGCAGCUCUUGACCCUUCUAAGCCUGGUCGAAAAAGCCUUUUGAUAUACGGAAUGGGCGGUUCCGGAAAGACGCAGCUCACGCUUCGCCACAUACGACAGGAGGGGAAUCGAUACUCCGCCGUCAUCUGGAUCAACGGCUCGACUAAAGAACACGCCCAACGCUCAUUCUCAGAAGCUGCCGGGUACAUCACUUCGAGCUGGCCGCGGGACCUGCCCACUCCCUACGCCGGCUCGGACGAUUUGCUUCUGGUGUCUGCGAGGCUGCGCUCAACCCUUCUCACCAACUGGCUCCUGGUCAUCGACAGCGCCGACAACCCGGAGCAGGGGCAGUUGUCGAGCUUUAUACCCACGUGCCCGCACGGUUCUGUUCUCAUCACCAGCACCCGGCUUCUGAAAUUGAAUGGCUUCAAGCCGGACAGGCCGAUGAGCAUGAAUGGCCUCGAUCCCCAGAGCUCGCAAGAUCUCUUGGUAGAGAUGAGUGGCCGGGAUGAAGACGACAACGAUGAUCGCAUGAUUGCGCGGGAAAUCGGCAAAGAGUUGAGCGGCAUGCCGCUGGCAGUGGAGCAAGCCGGCGCCCUCAUCCGUGACGGAGAGUUUUCCUUUGCCGACUUCCUCGCCGCUUACAAGACGGAGUACACAAGACUGAUGGAGAAUCUUACGCCAUCCGACGAGAGCCGUGUCUUCACCACCAUCCUAGACAUGACGUACCGCUCCGUCGAGAAGAAUCCUCAAUACCUCGCACUUCUCAACCUCAUCGGCGUACUCGGCCCGUGGCAGAUCCCGCUCAACCUUCUGGAGGGCUUCAGCUUCGCCGGCACUGAUAGCUCUGACCGGCUGAGCGACGACAUCAAGGCUCUUCAGUCACUCCUAGGCCACCCAAACUUCCUCCGGGCAGCACUUCGGCGCCUCGCAACUCUCUGCGUGAUUACCCUCAGAGAGGAAGCCGGGUCUGUCGUUGGCGUCAUGAUUCAUAGAGUCAUGUGUCAGUGGUGUUUGAAAAAGGUCACAGAGGCAGGAAAACAAGACCUGAUACUGCAGGCAGCCUACGGUCUCGCAAGGGGCAUCCGCUGUCCCUCGUCCGUCAUACUACAACUUAGACAUGCUCUCGAACUGGCUAGGGAUGACCAAACCAAAGAGCGUAAGCUUGCGGCUCCGCUCUCGUACUGCCUCGACCUCCUGCACUCGCGCGUUCCCAGGGAUGACCUUGAUCUGUCGCACGGGCGUCUUCGCGACGCCUACGCCACCAUCGUCACUCAGGCCGCCUGGGUCAACCUCAGCAUAGGCUCUGUAGAGAAGUCCAAGGGGUACUUCCUUGCCGCCGUCGAGUACGACACGCUGAGAAACAACGAACUGGACCGCCAGUGGCCGGCCGACGAGACAUCUCUCGUCAUGCUCUGGGGGUUGGCUUCAGCGUACCACCGAUCCGGCGAUCUCAAAGAGGCCGAGGAGACUUUUGGAACGGCUGUCGAGUUGUCCAAAUCCCUACACGGCGACGAAGGCGAAGAAACGCGUGCUCUAUCGACUCGCUACGUCCAUGUCUCAAAGAGGAAGGGCGUCAUGUCGAGACAUCACCAGUCGGCAGUGGUAGCAUCGGCGAGUGCCAAACGUGCUCCAUUCCACUUGCCCGGAGAAAAUAGUCAAGACUCGACAGAGUGUGAUGGGAGAUCUGCACCGGCUGGUCCAGUACCCUCGUCUGCGAGUCUGGAUGAACGGCGUGCCACAUUAUUGGAAUCUCACGACGCGGACCUGCAGGAUUUGAAAGUCAAACUCUCGCAUUUCAAUUUGGCAGAACAAAACCUCUUGUGGAAUCUUUGCACCGUGUAUGACUCGACAACUCAGACAAGACUGGCAAUAACCGAUCUGGUCAAGGUGGUUGAUGUCGAAAACGAUGUCCUGACGAACGUCGAGAUGCUGCUUCUCGGGGGCGCCGACAUCGAGUCCGAGGACACUGAUCAGCUGUAUUCUGGAUCCGCCACACCUCUCACACAUGCGGUCGUGACAGGAAACGAGCCGUUAGUGCAGUUCCUUCUGGACAAGGGCGCAGAAAUAGAGGCAAGUGGCACUUCUGGGGACACGCCUCUGAUUCUGGCAGUGGAGACCGAGCACGAAGGCAUGGUUCAUCUCCUGAUCAAAAAUGGGGUCGAGAAAGACGCCAUCAAUGUGGACGGCGACACAGCUCUUAUGGCGGCUUGCGCUCGACAAUUGGACACCCUGGUUCAGAUAUUGUUGGACCAUGGAGCCAACCCGAACAACAGGCUCAACAACGGGCGCACGGCUCUCAUGGCAGCGUGCGCUGAAGGGUCGAACGCCAUGGUUCAGAUGUUGUUAAACCACGGAGCCAAACCGAACGUGAAGGCCAACCGUGGCGUUACGGCUCUCAUGGUAGCUUGCGAAAAAGGGUCGAACGUCAUAGUUGAGAUCUUGUUAAACCACGGAGCCAAACCGAACAUGAAGGCCAACCGUGGCGUUACGGCUCUCAUGGUAGCUUGCGAAAAAGGGUCGAACGUCAUAGUUCAGAUCUUGUUAAACCACGGAGCCAAACCGAACAUGAAGGCCAAACGUGGCGUUACGGCUCUCAUGGUAGCUUGCGCUGAAGGAUCGGACGCCAUGGUUCAGAUGUUGCUGGACCACGGAGCUGACCCGAACGCGAAAACCAAUAGUGGUAAUACGGCUCUCAUGGAUAUGGCGGUGAUAGGACAGCAAACUAAGAUCCGGACGCUUCUGUACGGCGGCGCAGACGUGAAUGUGGCUAACGACGACGGAAAAACUGCCCUUAUGAUGGCUGCUCGAAGUGGCCACGCAGAAUCUGUCGCUCUGCUACUGAAGAAUGACGCAGAAGCCGAGGCCGUCAAUAACGACGGUGAGACGGCGCUGAUUGUUGCCGUUCGGGGAGGCGAUAGGGAGGCGGUCGGGACGCUUCUACGGAACGGUGCGGAUAUCGAGGCGACGACCAAAGAUGGCGACACUGCGUUUGACCUGGCUUCUGAUGAGAUGUAUGAGUUCAUGGAGCGGGUACUGUUGGGUGUCGGGGUCUCACAGGAGUCGUCUUCCUGA